AUGGCAUCUACCCACCAGAGGAGUGUUGAUGAGCUCUUCCGCUCCGUGGAGCGCUCCCAGGAGCAGUACCUCAGAGACCUCAGAGCCUUGCUCGAGACUAGGAACGGCCACCGUGGGCAUGUCGCGCCCGGGAGUCAGCGCAUGGAAAGGACAGGGAGCAAUGACAGAUCACCCCAGUCCCCCAACCUGAGGGCGGUUCCUACCUCUGGAGACACGACACCCGUGGCGCUCUCAAGAGCGACCUUCCCCAGCGAGACAGCCUCGUUACAAGUCAGUCCCGCCGACAGACGACCCCGACGACUCACCAACGAGCUGGCAGACCGGAGGCGAUUUACCAAUCUGACCAAUGAGGUGUUGGACGGUUCAGGGUGGGAGAGUGACGAUGAUUCCGGCAGCUUCACGCCGCUGCCUCUGCUGCCGCAAACAAUGGCCCGGAGUGCGUCGCUCCCGGUAGAGUCGAGUUGGUGGCCGCGUGUCCAGAAGCCUUUGACACGGAGAUCAUACACACGCCCCGACCUGGUUCGCCAUCUGAAAAGUAUCACGGAUGACAAGGAGGCGACCGUCGCGGUGCUUGGGGAGGUCAUCCGUCAGUGCGAGGCAUCGACGCUGUUUGGCAGUGACUCGGACUCCUUGAUUGCUGAUAAUGUGGCUUCUACUUACGAGGUCUAUGAUAUCGACAGGAAUGGACAGUCAACCACUGUGCAUGAUGAUCGAGGCACUGCCGAGGAUGAAGUGCUCGACCCAGCUACCGUGUGGGAGACUAUCAAGGACGUCAAUCUUGACGACAAUGCUGUAGGGCGUGUUACGUCAGAGCCGUCACCUCCCAUUCUUGCGGGCAUCCACCUCGCAAUGAGCAAGCAUUUCGACAUGGACGAGUUAUUUUCCCACCUCGUGUCUCCCCAUGGAAACCAGGGCAAGACUACUGCGUACAUGCACAGAGCAGCUGAAGCGAACCCUAUACACCAGAGUACCUUCUUUAUUGUUUUCAAGUACUACACUGUGGUAGGCGAGGGUCUCACACCGGCACCCUGGCAGCAGUACGACCACCGCCCAGCAGACAAGAAGGCUCCAGACCACAUCAAUAUCACGGAGUGCAGCUCAAUACUAGCCCUUGCGUUGGAAGGAGAGCCUGUCGGCAAGGUGCCCCUACGAAGGGGCCGGAGAAAGGGCUCAAAGCUUGGUUCUGUUUACGACACCUUUGCCCCAUAUCAUCUGCUCAAUAUCCAGUGCUUCCCAGAUCAUAUCCACGCGGAGAACGAGUCUAUCAGAAAGCCGUGCUACUACAAUGGGCCAUAUGUAUUCCUGAAUCGUCUUGUCGCCGAGUACAAGGACGCGACGAAAAGGUACCUGCAGCUCAACGAUCGGAUCGAGAAACUGAUCACUCCUCCGAACCAAUUCAUGUUUGACGUCAAGCUCCGAGACAAGCUGCUGUUCGAGGACGCGGACUUCACCUUCAGCCGGCGGUACUUCUGGGCCUACAACUCCCUCGGCGUCAUUAACGACGGCAUCAAGUCCAUGAUCAACGCCUACACGGACACCUUCACGCCCGAGUUCUGGGCCGGGCGCGACCGGACACUAUGGCCGCACCCGGACCCGGACAGCGCCGAGGGCAGGAACUACCUGUCGCAGCUGGGCACGCUGCGCCAGGAGCUGGAGCAGGUCAUCGAGGACCUGAAGCAGGUCUUCAAGGCGAACGAGCUCGUCAGGCAGGAGAUCGUCAGCCUGCGGGAGCAGCUCUUCAGCGGGAGCUCGGUCAAGGAGAGCCGUAGGGCCAUCGAGCAGGGCGACAACAUCAAGAUCCUCACGGGCGUGUCGAUGCUGUUCCUGCCUCUGACUUUUGUCACGUCUGUCUUCGGCAUCACGGAGUUCACGUUCUCAGCCAACGACUGGCGGUUUCCUGUUACUAUGGUCGGAGUCUGCGUCCCCUUCUUCUUACUAAUAUUCGUACUGCAAACCCGCGCCGGAAUGCGCGCAGUCCGCCAAAUAGGCGACUUCAUCGAGGGCAACAUGGGCAGGUGGAGCGACCGCUCGCGGAGCCGCCACGAGAAACGGCUCCAGCUCCAGCAGCAGCUCUUGCAGGCGGCCGAGUCCCAGGCCGCAGUCGUCGGCGGGAGAAGGCGGAUGAGCCUGAGGAGGGGUACGAAGCGGCGCAAAGCCAGCGCUGCCGGCCUCCCGACGAAUGGGGUGGCGAAUGGCGUUUUUGUGCCGGCUCAGCAGAGGGGCAAGUGGUGGGUGCGGCUGAGGAGGAAGGAGGAGACCUCCGCUGGGCAGAACGGCUUGAUUGUGUAG